AUUGAUUUCAGGGAACACAAUGGAUGUUUAUCAGUGCAACAGGUGUGAAAAAUCAGAAAAGUCAAAUAUGGGAAGAUGAUGUUUUACUAAAAAUCACAUUUUCACACACACACACACACACAUAAUAUAGACAGAGAGAGAGAAAGACUUUAAACAAUAACUGUAACUAAGGAGCAAUGUUCGGAAGUGAGAUAUCCAUCAUUUUAAUGAAUGGCAUCCACUCUCACACUGACUGAUGGAAGUUAGAAAACAUUAAUGGUAGCACUGAAAAUAAAAAUAAAUGUCAUCUGAAGACGUCCUACAUUUUAGGGCAGAAUUAAUUACGUUUCCUUAAUAAUUUAUGAUGAAUUUAAAGUAUUUGCUCAAAUAAAUCUAAAUCACAAUGCAUAACAUCAAUAUCAUGAAUAUGGAUGAUGCGUGUGUUGUACUACAUUUUGGCUUUAAUGAUGCUUGGCCUAUUAAUUCAGUCAGAGUACAGUCAUUAUGAUGCUGUAAAGCAUCAUAUGAAAUAUGACAACCGUUUUUUUCAGCUUGGAAAAUAAAUCAGAUUUCCACAAGUUUCCCGUCUUCCCCCAACAAGUGCACAAACUUCGAAAACAGCCUUGUGUCCCAUUGGCCGACUUGUUUUAAAUUAUUUAUUUUUGCUUUAAGUCUUUAUUUUAAAUGAUUUACACCCAAUAAAAUAUGAAGUAACUUGUUUGGGUGGAUCACUUCACUGUUUAAGACAGAUCCCUAGCGUAUAUUUACACAUUUGGGUGCUUUUAAACUUUAGUAUUUACUAAGUGAGUGUCAUGUUUAUGAGAGCCAGAACAUAUUUGUUUGCAGAGAGGUUGGUUGGCUACUGAGUUGAGCUGAACACCCCUCCUCUCCCCCCUCCUCCCUCUCUCUCUCUCUCUCUCUCUCUCUCUCUCUCUCUCUCUUCAGCUGCCGCGAUAUUUUCCAGCUCUGGAGCCUCAACCGCACAGCUCGAUCGAUUCGCAUUGAUUGUCCCUGACGAGCUGCUCCACUUUCUAGCCAAUGUCAGCCAGUCUGCGAUCGGGAAGGAGAGAAAUGAAGGAAAAUCUCUGCCGCCCUGGCGGUGUCAUUUCCACACACUUGGGUUGGCCGCCUGCCAGCAGACAGGCCAGUCGAAAGAGGUGGAGUGGACUCUGAGGACUGAGGGAGAGGAGGAGCGAGCGGAGACGAGGCUGAUUCAUGCCGCCCUUGCAUAGCGCGUAACCUUCUCCAAAAAUAAUGAAAAAAAUAAGAAGGGUUAAUUGAGUUCACCCUCCACCAGCCUGCACCCCCUUUUGACAAAUAUAUAACUCAUUAAAACAGCAAAACGACGUCUAAAAUCACACCUGUCACAACAACGUGAUAACGAAGAUAUUAACAUGUAUUUAAUAUUUCAAUCUGCCUCGUUAUAUUUAUUUCACCUGUACUUAGAAAACAAAAACAUCACUGUUCAUCCGGGCAUUUUAUGUCAAUAAUAAGAAAUCAAAUGAAAGACAUUUAGUUUUUGGCUAAAUUAGGUCGUCAUAAUCGCAGAUUGAGCCGCAGACUCAUUAAAAAUACAGCUGAUAAUCACUCAGUGGGACUAGAGUGCAGUGAUCUUCCCUGAGCCCGCAGUUUUAUUGUGAAACGCCUCCCUCCUCAGCUGUCGUGGAGCCACAGCCUGCUGAACCUCGCGGCCUCUCGCGCUUCAUUAUUGCCUCAGCUGAGGCGCGCGCGCCGCACAAAAGUCCACUUCGGUUUUUCCGCGAAGCUCCAAAAAUCUAUGAAAUGUGUUUGCAUGUUCCUCUCUGCAAGCGGGGAUGUAGAGGUGGGAUUGCAAGGACCGAGAAAGCUGGGGGAACCCACGCGUUCAGCCUCAGAGAAAGUACGCUUUUCCAAAAUAACUGACGGUGAAUAUUUUUUUUCUUUUCACAUUUGUCAUUAACAGACAGACACUCUGUAGGAUUGUGUUCUCGGAGAUUAAGGUUUUUUUUCCCUCCUGCCCUUCUCUUUUUUUGUCACCAUUCUGCACGGCAGUCUGACAGACGGACCGCUCGGACUGUGGGAGCCCUCCCCUCUGCUCGGAUCUGCUUUGUUUCCAGAUGGCCCAUGGAAGAACGUGGAUGAGGGCUGAGCUGUAGUGCGGGCAGAAGGCUCCGGGGCCUGCCUGUUGUCAGCUGGCUGAUUGGUCCAUUGAGGUGAGGCACCACUCUCACCAGGGCACAGAACGGACCGAGAAAAGGUCUUUGCUCCCCCUCCUCGCUCACCCCUGCCCCCUUUCCACCCUCACCCCCAACCCAGGCACGUACGCUCUGGACCAUGUCUAGCGCGCUGUCGGAGGGGGGCCGGACAGCGGACCAGGAGCAGAGCAGCUGCAAACAGGACUCUCCUGUCAUAGAGCGCAGGAACCGCAGUGGCAUCAUCAGUGAGCCCCUCAGUAAGAGCCUUAAGAACUCCCGUACCCUCUCCCAGUAUACAGCAGUCUCUUCUGCCACCACCAAUGGACACACGAACAACAGUGAGACUAAGAGCCUCUCGGCUAAGCCUCAGCCACCCCCGCAGCCCCAGCCCACUGUCUCAGCAUUGACGGCAGCCAAGUUGGACCGGACCCUAGAACAGGUUCUGGAGGGACAGAAUGGCCUGCUGCACUUUGCCCAGGCAGCAGCACUGUUAAAGCGGGCCGGUAUGGAGCACAUGCUUCUGCCUGGGGGCAUGGGAGUGGGAGUUGGCGGUGGAGACGCAGGCUCGGGGGCUAGCGACUUGGAGGGUACGUCUGUCACGGACGCCGUAGGUGGUCCUGUUGACUUCCCAUAUGGAGUAGGGGGUGGUUUCCCCUUCAACCCGGGGCUUUUCAUCAUGACGCCUGCUGGGGUGUUUCUGGCGGACAGCGCGCUGCACAUGGCCGGCCUGGCCGAGUACCCGGCGCAAAGCGAGCUGGCCUCUGCUAUCAACUCCGGUAAAAAGAAGCGAAAACGUUGCGGCAUGUGUCCACCGUGCAGACGGCGGAUUAACUGCGAGCAGUGCAGCAGCUGCCGGAAUCGCAAAACAGGCCACCAGAUCUGCAAGUUUCGCAAAUGUGAGGAACUGAAGAAGAAGCCCUCUGCUGCUCUGGAGAAGGUGAUGCUUCCUACAGGAGCGGCGUUCCGGUGGUUCCAGUAGGACCUCUCCUCCACCCCCCUACCCAAAGCUCUGCCAUCAAGUGCAAUGCCAACUCCUGGAUUGUCUCCGGAACAGACACUGGCUAAUAAACAAACAAACAACAAAUAAAAUUAUAGAAAAAAACAACAACAGCAACAAAAAACAAAAACAAAAAAAACAAAAACAAAACAAAACAGAACAACGAAAAAAAACAAAAACAAAAACAAACAAACAAAAAAAAAAACAAUCGGGUAAUGGAUGCACCUACUUAUUCCUUGAACCAAAAAUGAAGCGUAAAGAAAAGCAUCUAUGGCAAUUUUCAUUCCCUUUUCUAUGUUUCCAUUUUGGUACCUUUUGUCCUUUUUCCAGCAGGUUUUUUUCCUCUCGCUUAAACAUGGAACUGUUCAUUGCCAGAACCAGAAAUGACGGACUGAGUGUGGACAAUCAACUAAUUUCUGUGUUUGGUGUUAAUGUUGUUCAUGUGUGGAAAGAUACAGUACUUGUGUAGAGAAUGUAAAUUUACAGCUAUAUUUCAAAACUAGUGGCUAAUGGCAAACAUUAUUGUAAUUCUUCACCAUUAUGUUACUUAAACCCUUGUCUAUUUUAUGAUUCAUUUGGUUGGAAGAGUACAGUUUUUCAGACAGAUCAGUGGAUGUCUUUCCAAGACAAAAGAAAUGUUUCAAAUUGGGAUGCCGUGGGUUUCCGAUUUAAACAAAGCUGACAAAGUCAUGUUACUGGGCAGAUCUCCAGAGACUCCUCACCGGGUUGAAGAUGCUGUUUGUCAGAGCCGUCACUACUGUAAUCUCCUCAAUCAGCCCUCCUCUGCAUUUCCAAACUUUUCCUUUAGUGAAACUGGCAGCCUUAUGUUACUGUGGCCCUACUGAGCAUGUGCCAAUACUGCUCAGGGCAAUAGCAUUAAGAGACAGCACUUGCUCUGAGUCUACCCUACUGAACGCACUGAGACAAGAUUACAUUUUUUUUAUUUGUUUAUUUGUUAUAUUUUCAUGAUUUUGUUAUGUUGCUGGGUAGCUACAGCUUUUAAAAAUAACCAAUCUUUGUAUUCGUUUAGAAAAUUGGACUGGUUUUGUGAAUAAAAAGGAAUGCAUGUAUUUGUGUCGAAAUUUACAGUUCUGAUGUUUGUCUAUUUGUCUAUUUGCAUGUUUUGUUUUGUUUUUUGUUUUUUUUUCUUUAUAUAAAAAAAAAACGAAAACAAUGCUGGUUUGACAAAAACAAAAAACUUAAAAUUUUCCAUGAAGUGAAAAAAAAUGUUCCUUUUUCUUUAAGAAUUUAAUGAUGUAGGAAAAUUCUCAAAGAUACAAUGCCAGCAGAAUUCAUUAAAAGUAAAUCAGGCAGUGGUGUGGAUAACCAUGA